UCCUCUUCCCAAGAGAGGACGGCAAGAAGGGGUCAAAGGGGAACUGAGUGAAAGAGAGAAACCUUAGUUCCUUGAGAAGGCAAGGGAGUAGGAUAGGGAAGGGGAAGCAGUGAAGAAAGGGACGGAGAUAUUGGUAUCUUGAUUGAUUUUUUUUUUUAAGUAGUUUUGAGGAGCCGUUUGGUGGCCAUGGAUCCAACAUGCCCUUCUGAGAGCAUUUACAACCUCAUACCCAAUGACUGGAAGGAGCCUCCCCCGCCUCCUAGGUACACAUCAGUUUUUAAGACAGCUGUGAAAGAGGACAUGAAAAAAUCUAAAACUGCAAUGAAAACUAUGGGGCCACCAAAAGUUGAAGUACCUUCUCCAAAGGAUUUCCUGAAGAAACACUCGAAGGAAAAAGCUGUCCCACCGAAAAAAAAGUUUGAUCGGUUUGAGACCAAAAAGCCUCCUGUACCACUGAGGACUGAUCAUCCAGUCAUGGGCGUACAGAGUGGAAAAAAUUUUAUCAAUACAAACGCAGCCGAUGUCAUUAUGGGAGUGGCUAAAAAGCCUAAACCAAUUUAUGUUGACAAAAGAACUGGAGACAAGCACGAUCUUGAAAAUUCUGGACUAGUUCCAAAGUACAUCAAUAAAAAGGAUUAUGGUGUCACACCUGAAUAUAUCUGUAAGCGAAAUGAGGAAGUGAAAAACGCCCAGGAGGAGUAUGAUAACUAUAUCCAGGAAAGCCUCCGGAAAGCAGCCAUGAAAAGGCUCUCCGAUGAAGAAAGGGAAGGAGUGCUGCAGGGGCUAAAAAAGAACUGGGAAGAGGUGCAUAAAGAGUUCCAGUCCCUCUCCGUCUUCAUUGAUUCCUUACCAAAGAAGAUCCGCAAGCAGAAGCUGGAGGAAGAAAUGAAGCAACUGGAACAUGACAUUGGUGUCAUUGAAAAGCACAAAGUUAUUUAUAUUGCCAAUAAGUAACAAUGGAUUUUUAAAGAAUAGUAAUUUUAAUAUAGAAAAAAACAUGGAAAACAUAUUAAUGAAACGAAGUUUUUCAAAGAGGAAAAUGCUAUGAAGAGAAUAAAAAUAGUCUUUACCAAAAUGCAUAGGAAAUGCUUAAAGAUUAAUGGGAUUUUUUUCUUACACAAGAAAACAUUUUCUUAUCAAUUUCAGGAUUUUCAUGUAUAAACUAAGAUUUAAUGUUAUCUGUUCCAGUGCUUUAGUGUAAGUAUUAUUAUUAUGUACUUGUUUCACAUAAACAUUAAUUUCUGAGCCCUGAAAAAUAAACUCAGCACUCAGAACUUUACAUUUUUCUACACUACAGGAUUCAAGGAACACAACAUUAAACUCUGUUAAGUAUUUUGAAUUGGAAAUAGUGGCAUAUCCUUUCUUACUACACUAAAGUGUUUUUUGCAUAUUGUUUCAGAGUUCCACAAACUUAACAGCAUAUAAUCUCUGGUAGCUCUGUUAUUUGCAGCUAUUCCCAACUAUAAAUAUUUUCGAUAUCCACAAUGCAUGCUGGAAAGCUUAUAUUUAGAGGAAGAAAUAUUAAGAAGAUAUAAAAUCAAGGAGACAACUUAUAAAAUGUAUAAUUAAAGAGAACAGCCUCCUUCCUAACAUCCAACUUUGAAAAACUUUACUUCUCUAGGGAGUGGAGGGAGGUGGUGGUGGCGGGGGAGGAUAAGUAAUAAACAAGCAAACAAAAAACAACUUUGCUACUCUAGGUGCUUUAUUCUAUAAUUCACUUUAUGUAUUUAAUUAAAAUGGGAUGUUACUUUUUCUUUUUGGUCCUUCCA